UGAAAUGUGAGGAAAGCUUCUCAAUAAAGUCAGUCCUCUUGUAAACGUUGAUAAGACAACUUCAUUCAUUGAGUUCUAACAAAACUAUCCGUGAAGUGAUUAGAAGAUUUAAUUUAUCAGAUUUUAAUAGCUUUUUUAAUCAACUGAUACUAUCAAACAAAAAUGUCACGUAAACUGGAGAUAACCCACAAGGAUUUCAAGAAGCCUCGCCAUUUCGACGACUAUGAAUCAAUGAUAUGCUAUGACGCACCCGCAGCUGCAAUAGUAGAUCGAAGGACCUAUGAUGAGAAGCGCCAAGCACUCCUCAAGGGAGAGCAAAUCUUAUUGCUGGACGUCCCCAAAAGGGAAGCGCGUUGUUUCAAAGUGCUCAAGGGAGAAUUGUGCCGAAUCAGCCUCCCAGAAGGACCUCAAGUAGGCGAUCUUAACCUUUGGAAUUUAGAUAAUUUCAAGGAACGUUUCUACUCUGGAAAAACACGACAACUCCAUGGAUCGCAUCUUCGGAUGUAUGAUCGUUUGUGGAGCAACUUGCCGUAUUUGAAUCCGAUGGCAACCUUCGUUUAUGAUACUUUGUGCCAAUAUGGGAUCGACAAGGAUGGUGGUGCACUGCAUGAUGUUAUAGGGACCAGGUGCGAUGAUUACACGUACAAGCUGAUAACUGGCAAAGAUCGAGUUGGAAGCUGCCAUAGUAAUUUGAUGAAGGCUGUCCGUGAGUAUGGUUUGAAGGAGGAGGAUGUUCACGAUGUAUGGAAUGUGUUUAUGUGUACUGGGUUUACUAGGGAUACCCAGCAAUAUUUUGCUAAACCAACCCCAGCUCGCAAGGGAGAUUAUCUGGAAUUUAUUGCUGAGAUGGAUCUUUUAUGUGCCCUGAGCGCUUGCCCACAAGGAGAUGUAUCUACUGCAGUUGGCCAAGUGGUCCCUGAUAGCAAAUGCUUUCCAUUGAGAGUGGAAGUGUUUAGAUCAGACAUUUAAUAGUUUGAUUUUGCAAAGGAUAUUGAAGAAAAUUAUAUAAACAAGAUUUGGAGCUACUAGAGAUGUAGUUUUUGAUUUUAGUCGGAAGGGAAACUUUUGCUUAUUAACCUCAGGAAGUUUUCUUCAUCCAUAGUGGGAUCAAAUAAAAUCGGAAUUUAUUUUUU